AUGCCGAUGUACCAGGUAAAGCCCUAUCACGGGGGCGGCGCACCUCUCCAUGUAGAGCUUCCGACCUGCAUGUACCGGCUCCCUAACGUACAUGCCCGGAGCAGCGGCUCGGCGCCCGACGUGGGCCACGUGCAGGGAGAGGCUGACCCAUCACUUCAGGCUCUUGAGUCCCGUCAAGAUGAGAUUUUAAAAUGCCUGUACGAACUGAAAGCUGCCGUGGACGGCCUUUCCAAGAUGAUCCAGACACCGGAUGCAGAUGUGGACGUGACCAACAUCCUCCAGGCAGACGAGCCCUCCACUCUGAUGACCAGCGCAGUGGACUUGAAUUCGUUACUCGGGAAGGGCUACGGGGCGCUGAAGGACAUCGUCAUCAACGCCAACCCAGCCCAGCCGCCCCUCUCUCUGCUGGUGCUGCACGGGCUGCUCUGUGACCGCUACCGGGUCCUGUCCACCGUCCACACACACUCCUCGGUCAGGAAUGUGCCGGAAAACCUCCUCACCUGCUUCGGAGCACAGACCGAGAAGCAGGCCCGUCACGAGUACCAGCUGGGCUUCACUCUGAUCUGGAAGAAUGUGCCCAACACUCAGAUGAAGUUCAGCGUCCAGACGAUGUGCCCCAUCGAAGGAGAAGGAAACAUCGCGCGGUUCCUGUUCUCUCUCUUUGGCCAGAAGCACGAUGCCGUCAGUCUGACCCUCAUAGACAGCUGGGUCGACACAGCUAUCUUUCAGCUCAGAGAGGGCAGCAGUAAAGAAAAGGCCGCCGUGCUCCGAGCCAUGAACUCCGCCCUCGGGAAGAGCCCCUGGCUCGUGGGGCACGAACUCUCCGUGGCAGACGUGGUGCUGUGGUCUGUGCUCCAGCAGACAGGGAGUGCCAGCGGGACAGUGCCCGCCAACGUGCAGAGGUGGCUCAAGUCCUGUGAGAACCUGGCUGCCUUCAACGCUGCCCUCAGGCUCCUUCAGUGA